AUGCGACGGAAAGCUGUCUCCCUCCUAUGUCGGGUGCCCCGGCCGUCGACCAUCCAACGCCCCCUGGUAGCUCCCAUAGUAUCGCUUCCGCGAUAUUACAGCAGCCACGGGCCUCCAAAUGCCAAACUGAACCUGCCGAUCCAGUACAAUACUUCAACGUAUCUUUCACAUACAGCGGCGGCGACUCUUGCGAACCCCGAACUCCCAUCAUCGAUCAGGACUUCUGGUAACACCGCCCGGCAGAACCUAUACCAGUCGAUUAACUCAGCCCUAUCCACAGCCCUCAGCACCGAUGAACGUGCCAUUCUCUUCGGAGAAGACGUAGCUUUCGGCGGUGUUUUCCGCUGUUCAACUAAUCUCCUUGAUAAAUUCGGCCCAGACCGUGUCUUCAACACACCGUUGAACGAGCUGGGUAUCAUCGGCUUCGGUAUUGGAUAUGCUGCACACCAUGAGGCCAACACGGCGAUUGCAGAGAUCCAAUUCGGAGACUACGUCUUCCCAGCUUUCGAUCAAAUUGUUAAUGAAGCUGCUAAAUACCGUUAUCGCGGUGCAGGCGACUUUAACUGUGGAGGAUUGACUAUCCGAAUGCCAGUGAUGGGUGUGGGCCAUGGCGCGCUCUACCAUUCACAAAGUCCUGAAGCGUUCUUUUGUCAUGUGCCCGGAUUGAAGGUCGUAGUUCCUAGAGGUCCGGUACAAGCCAAGGGCCUGCUUUUGGCGAGUAUCAGGGAGAGAAAUCCGGUCAUCUUCAUGGAACCGAAGAUAUUGUACCGUGCAACUGUUGAAGAGGUACCAGUCGAUGACUAUGAGCUCCCAUUGGAGAAGGCAGAAGUACUCGCCAAGGGAAGCGAUGUUACGAUAAUCUCGUAUGGUACUACGAUGUAUACCGUUGAGAUGGCAGCAAAGGCCGCCAAGGAGAUGUUGGGAGCAAGCGUGGAGGUUAUUGAUUUAAGGACGAUAUACCCAUGGGACAAGGUCACUAUAUUCGAAAGUGUCAAGAAGACCGGUCGAUGUGUGAUUGUACACGAGGCCACAAAGAGUGGUGGAGUAGGCGGGGAGAUCGCGGCAUGCGUUCAAGAAGAAUGCUUCUUACGGCUGGAGGCACCAGUAAGCAGAGUUGCAGGCUUUGAUGCUCCAAUGGGAUUGAUCUUUGAGCAGUUCAACCUGCCAGAUGUUGCCAGGAUAUUUGAUGCGAUCAAGAAGACCCUAGAGUAUUGA